AUGGUCCGGGCGCCCUCCUGCCCAUGCCUUCCCGUGGCUGGUGUCCGAGCUGCCCUGCGCCAUUUCCUGCGCAGGCUGACUGCUCCGGCUGUACAUGACUAUGCAGCGUCGAGACCUUUGGCGCAAUGCUCGGUGGAAAUCUUAGAUGCUGCCAUUAUGGGCCGGGACAAGUGGCUGGGUGGCGAGCUGGGUGAUGAUGGAUGCGUCUAUGGCGUGCCAGGCAGCGCGCUGAGAGUCCUGAAGGUGUCGCCGAGUGACGGGGUGGUGGAGACGAUCGGUCCGGAGCUUCCAGGCAAGUUCAAGUGGCUUCGUGGCAUCCAGGUGGACGGUUUCAUCUACGGGGUGCCGACCAACUCAGAACGGGUUCUGCAGAUUUCGCCAGCCUCCGGCACCGUCGAGCUCAUCGGCGAGUCCUUCAAGGGGGCCUGGAAGUGGCAUGGCGGCGUGCUGUGCCCCGUCGAUAGCUGUGUUUACGCCAUCCCUUGCAAUGCCGAGUCGGUGCUCAAGAUUUUUCCAGAUGGCCGGAUCGCAACCAUCGCAGAAGGUUCGCCGGUGCUCAAGGGCAGAUGCAAAUGGUAUGGCGGACUUCUGGGCGGUGAUGGCUGCAUCUAUGGGAUUCCGAACUGCGCGGAAUCGGUGCUGAAGAUCGACCCAGCGAAGCAGGAGGUGUCGACAAUUGGGCCAAAGUUCUUACAGGGUGGACAGAAAUGGCAUGGAGGCGUUGUUGGCAAGGAUGGAUGCAUCUAUGGCGUACCCUCGCAUGCCGAGGCGGUUCUCAAGAUCGACCCCAUGGCGCAGAAGGUCUCCACCAUUGGCGAGCCAAUCGACAGCGGCCUUUGGCGCCCGAACGGCAAGUACAAGUAUGGUGGUGGCAUCGUGGCGCCAAGCGGGGCGGUGUACUGCUUCCCUAGUGAUGCCGACUUUGUGCUCAAGAUCGUCCCCGAAACGGAAACGGUCUCUUUGAUUGGCCCCCGCUUCGAGGGCCACAACAAAUGGCAAAACGGAUUUGUGGGGCGAGAUGGCAACGUGUAUGCCAUCCCAUGCAAUGCCCCUGGAGUGCUCCAAAUCGUUUGCGCGACGGAUGGGGUCACUACCAUCCCUAUUGACAUGGAGAACCCCAACCUCCAGGACAAGUGGGAGGGUGGCGUCGAGGCGAACGGCGACAUGUACUGCAUGCCCCAGAACGCCAAGAAGGUGCUCCGGAUUGCUCCGAUGCGGUAG